AUGACGGGUGGAGCUACAAAAUAUCGACAUAGUGAUAAAUGCGUUAAUGAGUCUGGGAAUAUCUUUGCCUUUGGAUUAUUUCUAUCCCCCGUGCCAACGUUCAGGAGAAUAAUGAGGAACGAGUCAACCGAGCAGUUCUCAGGGUUGCCGUACAUAUACACGCUCUUGAAUUGCUUGAUCACGGCUUGGUACGGUCUGCCUAUGAUAUCUAGGGACAACAUAUUGGUCACGACUGUCAACUCAAUAGGUGCCCUUUUCCAGAUAAUGUACAUUGCCAUCUUCAUAAAAUAUGCCGAGAAGACUAAAAAGUUGAGGAUGGCAGGGUUGGUCUUGUCAGUACUCGUCGUGUUUGCAGUUAUCGCCAUUGGAAGCUUGCUCAUAGUUGACUUUGAAAUUCGCCACUUGACCAUCGGGUUCCUAAGUUGUGCUUCCCUCAUAUCCAUGUUUGCUUCACCGUUGUUUAUAAUCAAUUUGGUGAUCCAGACAAGAAGUGUUGAGUUUAUGCCAUUUCAACUGUCCCUCUGCGCGUUUUUGAUGAGCACGGUUGUCCACAACCAAAUUUUUUUCCUCUUCCGGGCGGGAAUCAUUCACAAAUAG